ACGCAUCCUUCGGGCGCAGGCGCGCUCGCGCUCCCCGAGCAGGGAGAAUCCGAGUUCUGCGCGAGCUGCAGAGGAGUGGCCGGAGCAGCCUGGUCAGAGCCUUCUGGAAAGUGGCUGUUCAGCGGGAAGGAGUAUCCAUAUUUCUGUUUCUGUGUCCAGUUGAGUUUGAUUCAUCAUGGAUAAUCUAUCAUCAGAAGAAAUUCAGCUAAGGGCCCACCAGGUUACUGAUGAGUCUCUGGAAAGUACGAGGAGAAUCCUGGGCUUAGCUAUCGAGAGUCAGGAUGCAGGAAUCAAGACCAUCACUAUGCUGGAUGAGCAAGGGGAACAACUAAAUCGCAUAGAAGAAGGCAUGGAACAAAUAAAUAAAGACAUGAGAGAGGCAGAGAAGACUUUAACAGAACUCAACAAGUGCUGUGGCCUCUGCGUCUGCCCUUGUAAUAGGACGAAGAACUUUGAAUCUGGAAAGAACUAUAAGGCAACAUGGGGAGAUGGUGAAAACAACUCACCUAGCAAUGUAGUAUCUAAGCAGCCAGGCCGGGUAACAAAUGGUCAGCCUCAGCAAACCACAGGAGCAGCCAGCGGUGGAUACAUUAAACGCAUAACUAAUGAUGCCAGAGAAGACGAGAUGGAAGAGAACCUGACUCAAGUGGGCAGCAUCCUAGGCAACCUUAAGAACAUGGCUCUGGAUAUGGGCAAUGAAAUUGAUGCUCAAAACCAGCAAAUACAGAGGAUCACAGAAAAGGCUGACACCAACAAGGAUCGUAUUGACGUUGCCAAUACAAGAGCAAAGAAACUCAUUGAUGGCUAAAACACUGCUGUACUUCUUUACCUGUUACUCAGUGCUCUAGCUCCUGCUACAUCAUUACUUGUUUAGAGUUUGAAAGAUUGUGAAAGAAGAACCAGAGGAGGACUGCCUCCCCACUUUCUUAUUUUCUGUCCUUUGGGGGUAGGUUCUUGCUCAGGCUUUCUCACAGUCUUUCUCAGUUCACACUCUUAGGCUGUCUUCCAUUCAUCACCACAGUCUCCUCAUCCUCUUCACUUCUUUUGCAUUCAAGAUUUGGAAGCAUUGCCAAAGAGCCGCGAAGAGGCAGCUAUAUAAGUAGCUUUUGUCAUGGUUGGUUGGUUGGUUUGUUUGCUUUGGUUUGGUGGUAAAGAGCAAGAGGAAGUUGUUGACUCAUUAAAGAAACUACAGAUCACAAACAAACAAACAAACAGGCUAGUGCUUUGGCUGGGCGCUUUUACACAUGUGCGCCUCACUGUUUUCCAGCACCUGCUCCAGAGGAGCGUGCAGUGAGUGUUCCGGAAGUGAGCCUCACUCCUGAACCUGUAGUGAUUUGUGUAUGUACAUAGGUUCCGGAAUCCCGUUCCAAACGCACAUUCAGGAACACUAUCAAUGAAUGCCUUUUAUUCCCAAAAUGUCAUAUCGUGGUCCCUUUGUAGGCCUGUUAACCUCAUGGAGUUGCCAUCAUUUAAAAGAUGUACAUAUAUAUGUGAAGUAGGAGACUUCCUCACUAAAGCAGGGCUUCAAAUUUUUGGGGAAACUUUGACAGUCUAUCAUGUGAAUUCAGAUUUACCUCAAUACUAAGAUUUAUAUUUAGAUAUGAAAAAGAAAAGUUGUUUUGAUCUCAGGUAGAACAAUAGAUUGCUUUGAGUUUUUUUGUAGUUUUAGACAUUUAAAAAGUUAUAAUUUGUUACUAAAAGUUUGGAAAAUUAUGCCUUUGGGUUAAUUAUUGAUGACUGUACUGCCACUCUCUCCACCUUACGCACAGAAUCUUGUUUAUGCAGAUCCUGAAGUGUUAGGAAAGCUGAACUGGUGUUUGUCACUGUUGUUUAAAAAUUAGCAUCUGUAUACUUUAGAGCUCCUAAAGUAGAUUGGUUUGACCAAUAACCAUUGCUUGAUUCUUACAAUUAAAUUUUGUAAUUAAUGGUAUUGUUUUUUCAUAUAGGUAAUGUUUCUAUGACUUACUUGUGGAGAAAUCAUUUUAUCCGCUUUUGUUAACAAAUAAAGAUGUCAGUGCAUCAAGCACUCCAGUAGAAAGCUACAA